UAAGAUAUCUGAACAAAAUUCAGUUUGCAUAACAUGUCGGUCGUUGAAACAAAAGUACACUCAGAACUUUGUGUGUUAAUUUACUGUAACAUUUAUUGGUCUAGAAUUUUAUUGUUGUGAGAUUGAUAAAUUCCAAAUAAUUUAAGGGCAGGUUUUCACAGUAAAGAACAAGUUGGUAGUGGUGUCAUCUGUACCAAAAUGCUGUGAGCUAAGCAAAGUUUAAAAACAAACUCAAGUUGUUUAAACUGUUUAAAUAUAUGUGCACUGUAUUUGCACAACGGUUGUUUUACACCUUAACUUGUAAAUGCACGAGGAAAUUAAUAAACGUAAACUUUUAUUUUGAAACUACGCCAUUUCUUAACCAGAAGCGCGCUUGUUGCUAGGCUGCUAAGUGUAAAUAAAAUUGUUAGUGUGAGUCUUAGUCGAUUUGAAUAGAGAGAGAGAGAAUUCGUAGUACAUUCUACGUUUGUAGAGGAAGUAGUUUUAUAAUUAUGAUUACAACAUCGAACAUGGCUUUAAGAGAAAUAAGACGUUUUUUCUCCAGUUCUGUUUUGUACCGUCUGGCGAACAGCUACAUGGACGUUAGUAAACGAAUAAGGAGAGUCUCGAUCGAAGGAAACAUUGCGGUCGGUAAGUCAACAUUUGCCAGGCUGCUACAGAAUGCAGGGCAGGACUGGGAGGUGAUAGCAGAGCCCAUCAGAAAAUGGCAAAAUGUGGACCACACGACUCAGUCAGUGCAUUGUCCUCAGCAAACGACCAGUAACCUAUUACAGAUGAUGUAUCAAAAUCCAAAGCGAUGGUCUUACACUUUCCAGACGUUCUCCUGCAUGAGCCGUUUGCAGACUCAGCUGCAGCCACCACCUGCCAGGUUACUGGAGUCCACAUGCACACCUGUACAGGUCUAUGAACGCUCUGUGUACAGUGACAGGUACAUAUUUGCUUUAAAUAUGUUUGAGCUUGGCUGUAUAAACUCAACAGAGUGGGCUGUGUAUCAAGAUUGGCACUCCUUUCUUGUUGAGCAGUUUGGUCAUCAAAUACAAUUGGAAGGCAUCAUAUAUCUCCAAGCAUCCCCACAGACCUGCAUGGAGAGGUUAGGAAAACGAGGAAGAAUAGAGGAGCAGGGAAUUCAGUUCAACUACCUUGAGAAACUGCACACAAGACAUGAAGACUGGCUUAUCAACAAGACUACCAAGGUUCAUUUUGAGCACCUGGCAAAGGUGCCUGUGUUGGUUCUAGAUGCUGGGGUGGAGUUUGAGGAGGACCAUAAUGUGCAGGCCAACCUCUUAGCACAGAUUUGUUCUUGCAAUGCCACAACAAAAUUACAGAGAUGCAAACUCAUGAGAGGCGAAAAAGGUAAGACAAUCACUGGUCCACGACCAUUUUUUCUGGGGAUAUUUCUUUUUAAAAAAUAAGCUAAAAGCACCAAUUCCAGCUAUUUUAGUGAUUCAAGUUUACAAUAGUACAGAUUUAGCUGCAAAAUAAAGAGUAUUGCUUAUGUUUCACAAAUUUGUUCAAUUUUAUUAACUGAUUAGUUCAGUGACCCCUUCCGGAAACGUCACUAGGUGGUGACAAAUGUGCGUCUUUAUGUGGUAUGAGUGAGUCAGUGAAUCAUUUUGAGUCGUGUUUAAGCAUUAAAAGAACAAAGCAGAUCUAUAGUCUUCCUUCAGUCUGAGCAUUAUUCUUCAUCCAAAAAGACAACAAUAAUAGUCUAAUAAUAGUGAGUUUCAAUAACAUCCUUACCUUCUCCUUUAUUAUAACUUGCAUGGUUACAAAUCUACUGACUUCAGUAUAAGAAUUAUAAACACAAAGCAGAUCUACAGUAUCAUUUUCCUACAGUAGCCUAUUUAAACGGUUGAGCAUGGCUUUUAUCAGAAAAGACCACAAUAAUAGACAAAUAAUAAUAAUUUUGAGUUUCAAUAAUGUUCUUUCGUCAUUGUAAAGCGCAUUUCACGAGUUGAGUCGAGGUGUUAACGCUCCGUUCAACGCCAGCGUCAAGCGCCGCAUUGCCCUCCACAUGACAAGAGUUGCAGAAAGCGUCACAGAGGGGCAAUUUUACGAGUUUGCCACAUAAAAAAGCAGAAAGUGUGCACAAUAAACAUUGAAAACAUGUAUUUGGAAGAGAGAAAAAAGCUUGCAGUUGCUUUGAUAGCAGAAAGUAAUAAAAGGACUCGUUUAUGUUUAGGUUAAGCGGUUUCUUGGUGAAUUUAAAUUAGUUCAAUAACUGGGGUCUCUGAUAUUCGUAAACGAUAAGGUAAUAGUUAAUUAAAAGAAAUAAUGAGACAUUCAAUGUCUCUUCACAAAUUUAGACAGUUUUUGGUGUAACUUUGGUGUAAAGUGGCGUCACUUCAUAGACUUCAAUGUAUUCUGCGUAUAAAUAUCAGUCAUUUUUGCACAUUAAUCAUUGCUCUUCACAAUCACAAAAAUGACUGAUUAUUGUUUCAAAACGGCGAAUUUCUCCGAAAGGUGAGGAGUUUAGAUCCCUGAAAUUAUUUUAUUAUUUUCAUGCAUUUAUUUAUUUUGUGGAAUUUUAUCAUUUUCCACGGCACACCUGACAAUCUUUCGCGGCACACUAGUGGUUGGGAAACACUAUUUAUAUACUGUAUAUCAGUGCAUUCAGAAAUUAUUGAGACCCCUUCAUUUUUUUCAAAUUUUGUUAUGUUGCAGCCUUAUGCUAAAAUGCUUUAAAUAAUUUUUUUCACAUCAGUCUACACUCCAUACCCCAUAAUGACAAAGCAAAAAACAGAUUUUUGAUAACUAAUUUAUUAAAAAGAAAGAACUGAAAUAUCACAUUGACAGAAGUAUUCAGACCCUUUGCUAUGACACUUGAAAUUUAGCUCAGGUGCAUCCCAUUUCUCUGGAUCAUCUUUGAGAUGUUUCUACACUUUGAUUGGGGUCCACCUGUAUCUUGAUUGGAAGGGCACACACCUGUCUACACUGAUCAGCCACAACAUUAAAACCACUGACAGGUGAAGUUAAUAACAUUUAUCUCGUUACAAUUGCACCUGUCAAGGGGAGGGAUAUAUUAAGCAGUAAGUGAACAGUCAGUUCUUGAAUUACAUGUGUUGGAAGCAGGAAAAAUGGGCAAGCGUAAGGAUCUGAGCAACUUUGACAAGGGUUAUGGGCGAAUAAGGCUCACUGAUGCACGUAGGGAGCGAAGGCUAACCCGUCUGGUCCGAACCCACAGAAGAGCUAAUGUAGCACAAAUUGCUGAAAAACUUAAUGCUGGCCAUGAUAGAAAGGUGUUAAAACACAGUGCAUCGCAGCAUGCAGAGUGCCCAUGCUGACCCCUGUCCACUGCCGAAAGCGCUUACAAUGGGCACGUGAGCAUCAGAACUGGACCAUGGAGCAAUGGAAGAAGGUGGCCUGGUCUGAUGAAUCACAUUUUCUUUUAGAUCAGUUGGACAGCCGGGUGCUGGUGCAUCGUUUACCUGGGGAAGAGGUGGCAGCACGAUGCACCAUGGGAAAAAGGCAGGCCGGCGGAGGCAGUGUGAUGCUCUGGGCAAUGUUCUGCUGGGAAACCUUGGGUCCUGGCAUUCAUGUGGAUGUUACUUUGACACGUACCACCUACCAAAAGAUUGUUGCAAACCAUGUACACCCGUUCAUAGCAAUGGUAUUCCCUGAUGGCAGUGGCCUCUUUUAGCAGGAUAAUGUGCCCUGCCACACUGCAAAAAUUGUUCAGGAAUGGUUUGAUGAACAUGACAAAGAGUUCAAGGUGUUGACUUGGCCUCCAAAUUCCCCAGAUCUCAAUCCGAUUGUGCAUCUAUGGGACCAACAAGUCCGAUCAAUGGAGGCUCCACCUCAUAAUUUACAGGACUUAAAGGAUCUGCUAACAUCUUGGUGCAAGAUACCAUAGGACACCUUCAGAGGUCUUGUGGAGUCCAUGUAUCGAUGGGUUAGAGCUGUUUUGGUGGCACGAGGGGGACCAACAUGAUAUUAGGUAGGUGGUUUUAAUGUUGUGGCUGAUCUGUGUAUAUUAGGUCUCACAGCUGAAAAUGCAUAUCAGAGCAAAAACCAAGCCAUGAGGUCAAAGGAACAGAGUUAAGAGUCAGGAUUGUGUCGAGGCACAGAUAUGGGGAAGGCUACAAAAAUUUUUUGGCUGCAUUGAAGGUUCCCAAGAGCACAGUGUCCUCCAUAAUUCUUAAACAGAAGAAGUUUGGAACAACCAGGACUCUUCCUAGAGUUGGCCACCAAGCCAAACUAAGCAAUCAGGGGAGAAGGGCCUUGGUAAGAGAGGUGACCAGGAACACGAUGGUCACUUUGGUUGAGCUCCAGAGAUCAUGUGUUGAGAUGGGAGAAACUUGCAGAAGGACAACCAUCACUGCAACACUCCACCGAUCAGGGCCUUAUGGCAGAGUGGCCAGACAGAAGCCUCUACUCAGUGCAAGACACAAAAAAGCAAAGGGCUCUCAGACUGUGAGAAACAAGAUUCUCUGGUGGUUGGACUCAAGAUGGCGCUGAGUAUGGCUGCUGCGUUGUGAGCUCCGACACAACAUGGCAGUGUCUUGUUUGUUUUAUUCACAAUUCUUAUGCUUUUUGUCUUGGAUGUUGUCUGCCUUAUUGUCUACGACAGACAAACACUUUUGGACAUUGGUUCAGCAAUUUCACACCGUAAACCGGACUGCAAAUUCCUCAAUGCCGACCCGCUGUUUACAAACACGCCAGCGGAGCCCUUUGUCUGGGCUGCACGGCCGUGGAAAUGCAGUAGGAAAAGGGGAAACAGAGCCGGCGUUCUCAUCAGAGUAAGACGCCGCGCAAAUCGACCCCCGCUACCUUCUACUGGCAAAUGUUCUGUCUCUGGAUAACAAGCUCUGCGAGCUGAAAGCGCGGAUCCCUUUCCAACGAGAGACUGCUGCAAUAUCUGCCUAACAGAAACUUGGAUGUCUGUGGAGAUUCCAGAUUGAACCCACGGGGUUCUCCGUGCACCGAGCGGAUAGAGCGAAAGACCUCUCAGGUAAAAGCAGAGGUGGUGGUGUAUGUUUUAUGAUCAACAAAUCCUGGUGUGAUCAGAGGAACGUACAUUCUAUCAAGUCUUUCUGCUCUCCUGAUCUGGAAUUUCUCAUGCUUCUGUGUCGACCAUUCUGCCUACCGAGGGAAUAGCUUCUUCCCCGAAGCAAUCAGACUUUUGAACUCUUGAUCUCCCAUGAUCAAAAUACAUCAGCACUGCACUUUAUUACUCUCACUCUUAUAUCUCACACCGGACUGUAAUAAAUUAUAUUAUAUUAUAUAUAUUCUCUCUUAACAACUUACUAUCAACCGACAGCCUGAAUGUCAAUACAGUACAAUACAGCCUACUGUACAUUCUAUAUAUACUUUUUUAUUUUUAUUGAAUAAUGUGUAUUCUAUAUUGUGCGUAUUGUAUACUGUACAGUGUAUGUUAUUAUUUGUAUAUUGUUGUGUGUAAUAAUGUGUACAUUAGACUUUAAAUUGUGUUGUGUUAAUUUGAUGUUAUUGUAAAUUGGUAUAUGUCUCAUCACUGUCGCGACUGCUAUAUUGAUCGGAACUGCACCCAAGAAUUUCACACACCAUUGCACUUGUGUAUAUGGCUGUGUGACAAUAAAUGUGAAAUUUGAUUUGGUCUGAUAAAACAAAGAUUGAACUGUUUGGCCUAAAUUCCAAGCAUCAUGUCUGGAGGAUACCAGGCACCGCUCAUCACCUGCACAAUACCAUCCCAAUAUUGAAGCAUGGUGGUGGUAGCAUCAUGCUGUGGGGGUGUUUUCCAGUGGCAGGGACUUGGGGACUGAUCAGGGUUGAAGGAAUGCUGAACACAGCAAAACACAAGAGAUAUCCUUACGGAAAACCUGGUCCAGAGCAUUCAGGACCUCAGACUGGGCCGAAGGUUCAACUUCCAAUGGGACAAUGAUCCUAAGCACACAACCAAGACAACGCAAGAGUGGCUUAGGGACAACUCCGUGAAUGUCCUUGAAUGGCCCAGCCAGAGCCCGGUCUUGGACCCAAUCGAACAUCUCUGGAGAGACCUGGAAGUGGCUGUCCACCGACGGUCCCCAUCCAAACUGACAGAGCUUGAGAGGAUCUGCAGAGAAGAAUGGCAGAACAUCCCCAAAUCCAGGUGUGCAAAGCUAGUUGCAACAUACCCAAAAAGAUCUGAGGCUGUAAUUGCUGCCAACAACUAAGUACUGAAUUAAGGGUCUGAAUACUUAUGUCAAUGUGAUAUUUCAGUUUUUCUUUUUAAUACACUUUAAAAUGUGAUCAAAAAUCUGUUUUUGUGGCGUGUAGAUGCUGAUGUGAUUUUCUUUUUUAAAAAACAUUUCAGCAUAAGGUUGCAACAACAAAAUGUGUAAAAAUGAAGGGGUCUGAUACUUCUGAAUGCACUUUUUUUAUGGUGCAACAUCAAAUAAUAGAGUGAAAUAGUCACCAGUUCUUUAAAAAAAGAUGUCUAGGUCAAUUGUUUACCAUUAUUUACAUCUAGAUGUAAAUGUGGUCCGCCUACUUGUGUAAUUAAAAUGUUAUCAUGACAAUAACAGUUGUCAAUGGCACAAUCCCAAUAAGUACAGUGCAUCCGGAAAGUAUUCACAGCGCUUCACUUUU